AAUAAAGUAAAUGAAACGAAGGGAGUAGUAGUCACCAUUUCUGAGUUGCACAGCAAUGGAUGCUGCUUUCACCUCCUUCUCUCCUUAUUCUCUCUCUCGAAAUUCCUUUCCAUCGACUUUUCUCAGCACCAAUAAUUUCCCGUCGCUUACUUCUCUCAGUUUCGCGAAAUUCGUCUUCACCAAACAAUCCUAUCUGUCUCUGAGAGGGCCAUUCAAUUCGCAUUCGAUUAAAGUUCAAGCCUCGGAAAUUCCACCAACCGACCCUCAAAAUGAAGAAGAUUUCAUCCUAGAAGACGUGCCGCACUUGACAACUUUCCUCCCCGAUUUAGCUAUGUAUACAAAUCCACUGAAGAAAACCCAAGCUUAUGCAAUAGUAAAGCAAACAUUUGUUACCCCCGAAGAUGUGGUGGCACAUAAGGUUGUUGUUCAGAAGGAAAGUCCAAGGGGAGUACAUUUUCGGCGUGCAGGGCCCCGCGAAAAAGUGUACUUUAAGUCUGAGGAAGUUCGUGCAUGUAUCGUGACUUGUGGAGGUUUAUGUCCUGGAAUUAAUACGGUGAUACGAGAGAUAGUUUGUGGUUUGAAUAGUAUGUAUGGCGUAGAGGAAAUUCUUGGGAUUCAGGGAGGAUAUAGAGGGUUCUAUUCGAAAAAUACUGUCCAGUUGACUCCAAAAUCUGUGAAUGACAUUCAUAAGCGUGGUGGAACUUUCUUGCAAACGUCGAGAGGAGGUCAUGAUACCAAUAAGAUAGUGGACAAUAUUCAGGAUAGGGGAAUAAACCAGGUUUACAUAAUUGGUGGAGAUGGUACACAAAAAGGCGCUGCUGCAAUUUAUAAGGAAGUGGAAAGGCGGGGGAUUAAAGUGGCAGUUGCUGGAAUUCCAAAGACAAUUGAUAAUGAUAUUGUUGUGAUAGACAAGUCCUUUGGUUUUGAUACUGCUGUAGAGGAGGCUCAACGGGCAAUAAAUGCUGCACAUGUGGAAGUUGAGAGCGUAGAAAAUGGAGUUGGAAUUGUGAAACUUAUGGGCCGAUACAGUGGAUUCAUUGCCAUGCAUGCAACAUUAGCAAGCCGUGAUGUGGAUUGUUGCUUGAUACCAGAGUCCCCAUUCUAUUUGGAAGGACAGGGUGGGCUGUUUGAAUUUGUUGAGCAGAGGUUGAAAGAAAAUGGGCACAUGGUGAUUGUGUUGGCUGAAGGUGCAGGACAGGAAUAUGUAGCUCAGAGCUUUCAUGCAUCUGCUGAAAAAGAUGCGUCGGGGAACAGGCUACUUUUGGAUGUUGGCCUCUGGCUAACACAAAAGAUUAAGGAUCAUUUCACGAAUGUUCGGAAGAUGGCAAUCAAUAUGAAAUAUAUAGAUCCAACAUACAUGAUUCGAGCAAUUCCUAGUAAUGCAUCAGACAACAUCUACUGUACACUUCUUGCUCACAGUGCCAUCCAUGGAGCUAUGGCAGGGUACACUGGAUUCACCGUUGGGCCUGUAAACAGCAGACAUGCCUAUAUUCCAAUAAGCCGAGUUACAGAGACGACAAACAUUGUGAAAUUGACAGACAGAAUGUGGGCCCGACUUCUUGCAUCCACGAAUCAACCUAGUUUCCUCGGUUGCGAGGUUGUGCAGGAAAGGUUUGCCAAUACGAUUGAUGAUGACUUUCAUAAUUUAAAGAUCACUUCAAUAUAAAAUUAUAAAUACAGUUGAGGGAUUCACAGUUACUGAUUCUCCAUAAGUCUCCAAAUGAAUACUCUUGCCUGUAGCUGUUAAUGAGGGUCCUUAGGCAGGUGAUUGCAUUGAUAGGAAAAUGUGAUAUGUACUUAUGAGAGUAGAGAUGAGUUUUAGUAAAUGGUUUAGUCUGCCAUGGAGAAUUCAUUUUGAUUUAUUGGCAUAUCUUGCUAUAGUUGAUCUUCCCAGUGCUAGUCCUAAUCCAUCUGUAUUAUGUAAUAAUCCACUCUUUUUUUGAAUGAUAUCCUCUUAAAACUGCCACUGGACUA